AACCGCACGCCGCAGCCGCCGCCGUAGUCCUCGUCGACGUCGCCGUGCGUAUUAUACCAUCCGCGGCACUGCGCGCGGUAGACACGACCAUCGAAAGUACGGUGUGUGAGUGUGUGUAAACGUGUGUGCGUGUGUGUGUUUUUUUUUUAAAAUUUGUUUUGUCCACACUUAUUUUUCGUCAUCCGCGAGUGUUCCCGCCGUCCGCAAGUGUAUACCGGGGAAAAAUCGAGUUCUUCAAAUCAAAAUAUCUUUCGAGUCGUAUUUUUUAGAAAUAAUAAACCGUCGUCGUCGUCUUUAUUUCAUAUUAAAAUAAUAUUUUACGCCUCUCGUCCGCUCAACUGUCUAUAUAGUGUAGCCUUUCGCCGGCCGCGAAGGGGUCGGGGUCGAGUUCGUCGGGGCAGAUUUUCCCGCAUCCGGUACGGGAAAUACUAGAGGUGAAAGACGAGGAAAAAUAUAUUAUGAGAAAAGGAAAAAUCGCUCAGAGACCCUCGUCCUAGCUCGUCUGUAUAUCUAUCGUAAUACGAUACAAUAUUAUAAUAUACACCGACCGACCGCUUGCCCGCCCGCCCGCCGCAUUACUCGUGUGUUUAUUGUGUUAACGCGAGAGUGAGAGUUUGGGUUCCUUCCGGUUUCGGCCGCGAGUACGAGAACAAAAUAUACUACUAUGAUUUACGUCUGUAGAAUUCGAUUUGGAUUACCAUCAUGUACGACCCCGCCAAAUGAUGUAUGAUACUGACUCGGAGUGCGGUAACGCCGCACCGCUGACGCUGCACUAUGGUAACCACCACGUGUACUUGAUGGCGGAAAUCCAACAAGCCGGAGACGAGCACUCGGACAUGGAGCUGAUGUGUGAGCAGGGCGCCACCAUCCGUGCCCACUCGCUGGUUCUGGCUUCCGUCAGCCCGCUUGUCCGGCGGCUGCUCAAGGAGGACAACGUGUGCAUGUACCACAACCUAGUGCUCCAGUUCCCGGAGAUCAAGGAGUCGCAUAUGAAGACGGUGCUGGACUUUAUUUAUACCGGACAGGCUAGCGUGUUGGAAAAUGAAUUCGACGAGGUGGUCAGCCUGUUGAACUUGUUGGAGAUCCGGUCGGACACGUGGCAACGGGGCAUGUAUGAAUCAGCGUCUUCAUCAUCACCUCCACCGCCCGAACAACCACCGUCAGCUGCGUCAUCCGACCUGUCUGCAAGGACGGAUCCGGAGAAUCUGUCGCCAGCAUCUCGUUGUGAGGUGCACCCCAAAAAGCGGCGAAGACGGUCGUCCGUGCCCGUAAACCUAUCCAUCGACACGAAGAACGACGAGGACACGUCCAUCACCCAAUCUAAUUGGCGUGUAUCCAAGUUUGAGGAGAGCCAUCGGAAGUUGAGACGGCGGAGCAGUUCACCGUUCGAUGACUACGCUCACCACCACGAACGUAACGACUACCACCAUAACGGUUUCCAACCGUUCCCGAAACGUGAACCACACUGGGUUGAAACCGAAUACCGGAGUUCGCAACUUCAAUACAGCUGCGAGGUGAACUUACCAUACAUGGACCCAGCGGAACCAAACUUAGAUCCCGAAAUCGAAGAGACGAACGACUCGGACAGUAAAGACACGAGACUGAACCCCGCCGACUACGUGGUGACUCCGAGGAAACGAAAGAAACAGCCCGGGUUCCAGAACUCUCCAGCCCAGAAUCCGCCGUUCGUGCCCAUGUACUUCCAUGAGAUGGCGUUCAGGCACCAGAAGAUCACGCAAUCACUCAGCUCGUUCGUGCACCAUCCAUUCGGGUCAACGCAACAACAACCACUGACCCUGACAAGGACCACGGACGACGGAGGCCGUGACACGCCACCGCCCAGGACGGCCAUCUAUAUGGGCCGGUCCAGAUCUCAGGACUCCGGCGUGUACAGGCCGCCACCACCACCACCUCCGCCACUGCAGCCACCACCGCCACCGCCGCCGGACAACGACUGCAGUCCGCCGCCACCCUCCGGGCAACCAACGCAGUCGUCAUCGUUCGGCAGUUUUCCUGAGAAUGGGUCACCCUGGAAACCAUCGCCUGACGUGAAACCGAUGGCGCUGCAGCUGUGCACGGCGUCUUCCGAAUCAGCGGCGGAAGUGCAGCACCCGCACCAGCCACAUCAGCACAGUUCGCCAGCGUCUCUGGGUGGGCCAGCUUCCACUGCAUCGUCGUCGGACAUAGAUGACAAGUCGUUGGUUUGUGUGGGCGGCGCAGGCCGCGAGUACAAGUGCACGUACUGUGGCAAGCAGUUCGGCAUGAGCUGGAACCUGAAAACGCACCUCCGCGUGCACACGGGUGAGAAGCCUUUCGCGUGUAGGCUGUGCGUGGCCAUGUUCAAGCAGAAGGCUCACCUGCUCAAACACCUGUGCUCGGUGCACAGGAACGUCAUAUCGCCCGGCACCAGCGCCGCCGACCAGGAGACGGCGGCCGCUUUCAACUGCUGCUUCUGUCAGAUGACGUUCGAUACGCUCCAGCAGCUGGUCCGCCACUUUUCCGGGCCGCACAACAACCUGCUGCUCACUAAGAACCUGAAUGCCUGACGCGCUGACCCAACGCCCUAACACUUUUCUCUUAGGGCGACCUUGUCCUGUCUCGCCGAUUUUUCUGGUAGUAAUGUUACAUACUACCAUGUAGUAUGUAAUACAUUUUUUUUGCUGACAAGACGUGUACUUCUGUUAUACAGAAUUUUUUUUUUACCAUUUUUAUUAUUAUUAUGUACAAAAAAAAACCGUUUUUUGUAAUUUUUACCAACUGUUAUCGUAUUAUUAUUAUUAUUAUUAUUAUCAUAAUUAUCAUUGUUACUGUUCUCGUCGUUGUUAUUGUUAAACUUCAGCGCGUACAAAUAUUCGGCCGGAAAGCGAUUUUCAUCCGGUCCUGAUCUGUUUUGGAGUGUAAUGGUACCAUUACCGAUCCCCCGCACUAUUAUUGGCAUCAUUCAUUUAGAAGCUCAUUUUAUACACUCCAACGUGUCUCGAAAACCUAUUUUAAAAUAUAAUAUGACUUAAUUCAGUGUUAUAUGUCAUACUCCCUUCGUCAGCGGAGUCGGAAUAAAAAACUUCAAAAAAUUCAUGACAUCGUCCAAAAGUGUUCAUCAUAUUAUAAUUUAUUGCGAACGUUUUCUGAUUGUAUAAUUAUUAUUGUAUAUACUUUCUACGUGUCGCCAAUAUUUAUAAAGAGCUAAAUUGCGAGCUCCGAAUCACGUAUAUAUUAUUCAUCUUGGGUACUUACGCAUUCAAGUAGCAAUGGAGUUCGAAAAAAAUCAACAACAAUGACAACAACGACGACGAAAACGAUUUUGUUAUGCUGAUGUAUGAAAUUCGAGUGACUAAAUACUAAAUGUGUAGAUACUUAAUUUAUAGGGAAAAUUAAGAUCUCUAGAAAUGCAUAAUAUGAACGGUGUAUAUACCUACAUUUAAGUUAAAAUAGAAUAGGAAAAAAACUACGUCCUAUGAAUCGAUCGUUACCUUUAUGUUUAAAAAUCAAUAAUUAUUUAAUAAUAAUGUAACAUUUUAACAAAAUUAAAAUAAUAUAAUACGACCUAUAUCGAUUGCGCGCAAAUGCGUGUACUGCGAAUAUUUGACGAUUUUAUGCGUUCAAAUUGUUGUCAAAUCUCAGCGAUACACUCUGUAUAACGUGUUCUCGGACCGUUCAUUCGACUUUGCUCGGCCCGCGACCACUCGACGUCAUUCACGUGAUAUCGACAAAAUAUGUUCACAACGUACUUCCAAACGGGCUUUCGAACUUUGCCGUGAUUGAGAUCAUAUUUUAUAGGUCAGACACGAUCUCGGUGCAGGUGUCGUCUGUGCCAAAUCGAGUUAGAUACUUAUUUAAAUUUAGGCGUUUGGCAUAAUAAAUGCCAACAAAACUUGUACAUAUUAACGUGAUGUAAUGUAUCGUCAAUAUACAUAGAUAUUUUGUAUAAUAUAAUAUUAUGUUUUUAUGAACGAAAAAUAUAUGUACAUAAUUUGUAAUAGUGUUACGGUAAUAAUAGUGAAUAGUAAUAAUAAUAUCAAUGUGCAUUACACAAUGUAUAAAUUAAAACGCGUAUUAAUAUUAUUAUAUAGUGACGCGUGAUCGAAACUAGUCAUAAUUUAUUCGCUAAGAUGUGUACGAAAUGUAAAAACAAAAAAUAUUGUGUGUAAAUAUGAAUUACCAAUAAACAACACCAACCGUGUUUGUAAAUAUAAUGUUUAAUGAAUAAACGGUUUACUAAAACUUUUACUUUA